AUGGCCUUCAAUAACGUCAUCGCCUUCUGGCCCCGCCCGCGUGGCCCCACGAAGAGCCCUCACGUCCUCAGUUCUCUGUGGCAGCUCUGCUUGCGCGCAAAGGAAGGGAGCCCCAUCAUCGAUACCGACCUAUCCACACACGCCUUGCCGCUGCGCGAUGAGGCGGGGCCUGUACUGCGCGUCUUUGCCUCCUCCUAUUCCUACCUCCUCUUCAUCCAGGACGAGGAGGAGCUGUUUCACGGCAACUGGCCCUUCUCCAUGGACAAGGUGCGUGAAAUCGUCCUCGUGUUGAAGCACUACUUGUUUGCUGCCCUUGACGUCAGACCAACAAAUGGAUUGGCAAAGACCAAUACGGUUGGCAAACUUGUGCAGGAGGAGCCACAGCUCUUGACAGAGAUUUCGCAUUUGCUCUCGCGUCUGUACGUUCAUGAUUCUCGCAGACCAUUUCGCACUGGCGACAACUUUUGGGUGGCCGGCCAAGGGCUCCUGACCUCCGAAGCCUUCAUCUCGUCGGCCGUCGAGGCUUGGCCGGAUUCGAAAGCCAAGACGAGUCGCUCUGAAUUUGGCUAUAUGGGGUCCGAACGGGCGGCAAGCUUGCAAAACCUACGAAAGUCACCGAUGAGCGGAGCCGGCGAACUGUUGCGGGUUACCCCGUACCUGGUCCCGUUCUCAUCGAGGGCAAAGAUUUUUCAGAGGUGGAUUGCUAAAGGAAGAGACGUGGCAAACGGCGGUGAGCAGUUCUUUCCUGGGUCGCGGAGAUCCGUGUCUGUUCGACGAAAGCACAUUUUCCAGGAUGCUUUCGAAGAACUCAACAAGAUUUCAAACCUGAAAGCCACUAUCCGAGUCAAGUUUAUAGAUGAACAUGGCCUGGAGGAGGCUGGGAUCGACGGUGGAGGCGUGUUUAAAGAGUUCAUGUAUGAGGUCCUGAGAUGGGGGUUUUCUCCCUUCUCAUACGGGCUCUUCAAGGCCACCCCGGAUGGGCAUCUGUUCCCCAACCCGGACGCCCCAAUUGCAAACGAAAACUUCAAAGUUGAAUUCGCCUUUCUGGGUCGACUUCUUGGGAAAGCAAUCUUUGACGGAGUCUUGGUCGACAUUCCUCUGGCACGAUUUUUCAUAUCAAAGAUUCUUGGGCAGUUUUACUACCCCAGUGAUCUCAAGUCACUCGAUCCGGAGUUGCACAAGAAUAUGCAAUUUCUCAAAAACUGUCCACCAGCCGUGGUUGAAGACUUGGGCCUCAAUUUCACGGUGGCUAUCAACGCCUACGGUUCCGUGAAAGAAGUGGAACUAGUUCGUAACGGCAAAAACAUUUCAGUUACCGCAGAGAAUAGAAUAGAAUACAUGCAUCGCGUUGCCGACUUUCGCAUGAAUAAGCAAAUCAAAGAGCAAACCAAGGCUUUUCUUGGGGGGUUCUCAGAGAUCAUCGCUCCCCAGUACAUCCGUCUAUUUUCUCACGAGGAAUUGCAGUUGCUUAUUUCAGGAAAGACGGGCAAAAUCGAUCUCGACGACUUGCGCCGUCAUACAACAUACUCGGGAGGAUAUGAUGAGAAUACAACUGUCAUCAAGUGGUUCUGGCAGGCUAUGGCCGAGCUAGAUGCAGAGGACCAGAGUAAGAUGCUUCAGUUUGUUACGUCAUCCCCGCGCGCCCCACUCCUUGGCUUUUCGUAUCUAGACCCCGGCUUUUGUAUCCACAGAGCCGAAGGGGACGUCCGACUCCCCACAGCUUCAACAUGCAUGAACUUGUUGAAGCUCCCAAAGUACAAGUCUUUGGAAGUCGUCCGACAAAAACUGCGAUACGCAUUACAUUCGAAUGCUGGUUUUGACCUUAGUUGACGAAGCCGAUGUCAACUUGUUAACUGAAUUCUUCAAGCAGGGAAACAGUGGUCUGUGGUGUGAAUAUUGCAGUGUUCUCAGGGGCUGUAUGGGCGACCAUAAAGAAACGGACUGAUCACUCGAUUCAGCAUCCCCAAUCCGCGCCGCCUCAUUUUUCCCAUUGUAGAAGAAGAUGAAACGUGAAAGAGAGCACAUGGCGAUAGAAGAGAGAGUGAGAGAACCACAACGUUAACAUGUCAAAAGUGCUUUAUUACGAUGGUGACUGUAUGGGGUUGUUUUGUCCAAGUUCUUCUGCGCCUGGAAGAGUAAGCACAUAGCGACAAGAGACACAUCGACAUUGAAUAGACAACGAACGCUCGGAUUGUCUCUGCAGCCUUUCGAUACCAUACCAUGAAGGAGUAAGCUUUCAUUCAUUUCCUGUUGCGACUUCACAGUGGACGAGAUGCAAGCUUUUGCGCGAUGUAUUAUAUACACACAGGAAAUACAGCACCCAUUUCUGUAGUG